AUUCAGUUCUCUCGUAGAUCAUUUUUAGUUGAGACGAUUUUCCCUAAAUAAAAUCGUUUCGAUCUUUUUAUACAAAUGGAAGAUAAUUUAAAAAAGGAGUGACAAUUUUUUUAAAAUAAAAUUAAAUGUUGAUAUAAUAGAAGAUAAGAUAGUUUUUAAUUUGGAGGAAGAUAACGGAUACGCAAAGAACAGUUGUAUUUAUAUUUACUACUUAUACAGAAUGACAGAGUCAAAAGUUUACGUUUGUCAAUUAUCUCAAAAGGAAAAAGAUUACGCAGCGGCAAGUUUAAAUGAGACAGAUGACAAUAGAUCGCAGAAGAUCGAAGAAAUACGCGAAUGGAUUUUAAAAAAUGAUAAUCUACAUGCUUGCACUGACGACUUCUUUAUUCUACGUUUUUUAAGGGCUUGCAAAUUUAAUAUUGAAACAACGAAAUAUAAAUUUUGGAAUUAUCAUGAACAAAGAGGUAACACUCCAGAAUGGUAUGCAAAUAAGGAUCCAUUUCUGGUCGAAUUACAGGAUAUGUUUGAAUUAGGAGUAUUUUUACCAAUGAGGAAAUUAGAUAAUAAAGGGAGAAUGGUGGUUCUAAUACGAAUCGCCGCACAUGAUCCUAAUAAGCAUAAACAAGCGGAUAUGCUAAAGGCUUCUUUGAUGACGUUGGAUAUCGCAAUAAGAGAAAACGAAUCUGUUUCGUUGCAUGGUAUAAUAGCCAUUUUGGAUUUAGCAGGUAUAUCUUUCGGUCACGCGCUUCAAUUUUCACCGAGCGUCAUUAAAAAGUUGGUACAUGCUUGGCAAGGUUGUUAUCCUUUAAGAAUACAGGCGUUAGAGUUUAUAAAUUCACCGAUUUAUGUAAAUGUCGUUUUAAAUGUCUUCAAAAGUUUUAUGGUCGAUAAAUUGAAACGAAGAGUGCACGUGCAUACGUACGGAAAGAAAACUUUUCUCGAUAUAGUUCAACGUGAUAUAUUGCCGGUUGAGUAUGGUGGUACCGACGGAUCUAUAAAUGAUUUAAAAGAUUAUUGGAAAUGUAAAGUGGAAGAAAAUCGAGCGUGGUUCGCUGUGGAAGAAUGUUAUAAAGUAAAAAUUAAAUAAUAUAUAGAUAUAAAUAUAUAUAUAUAUAUAUAUAUAUAUAUAUAUAUAUAUAUAUUUAUAUAUUAUGCGCAUAUAUUGGUAAAGUUUAGGAAUUCUGCAUAUAAAUCUGGUAUUAUGAUUGUUUCGGAGACAUUUGUAAAAAAACAAUAUAGUUUUAGCAUAGAAUGUACAAAGGGUACUGAAAGUCUUUAAGUCGGAUUAAGAGUUCUUAGAUAAAUUUAAAUAUCAAUUACUUUUUUUCUUCUAGAGUUUUUAUAAUUAUAAUUAGGAUUGUUGUUUUAUUAUUCGAAGAAAUAAAAAUUGUCCUAAAAAUUCUCGAUAAAGACUAAUUGAUUUUUCGAAUCAUCUAAGAACUUUUGAAUCAGUCUGUAACCGUAAUAUUUUUAUUUUUUAUACAUAUUAUUCAGAUUAUUCAUAGGAGAGAUAUAUAAUAUAAAAUAUUAUAAUGUAAAUAAUAUAAUACUAUAUAAUAUUAUAUAUAUGAUCUUUAAAUAAGGCUGUUCAUUGUCUUUCAUUCGUACCGUAUAAAUAUAUUAAUUGAAAAGUAUUUGCUGAUUGUACAAACUUUAUAUUAAUUCUUUCUAAUUGUGUAUUUAAGCAGCCAUUAGAUCGAUAUAUAUAUAUAUAUAUAUAUAUAUAUAUAGUGUAUAUCAUAGUAUAUAAAGUAUGAUAUACAU